GCGGCGGCGCGAGGGCCUCCUUCUGCAGGAGCGCCAGGACCUCGAAUCCAGCGCCCAGGAGGGUGAGGUCGAUCGCCUUCAGGAGCUCAUCACGGCGACACGGAGGGCCACGGCUGCUACCAACGCCAAGGUCACCACGUACUCCACGUAUAAGGACUACGUGGAGAACAGCGUGCGGGCGUGGGGGACGGAGGCGAGCACGGUGGAGGGCGUUUGCGGGCGCUUCCGGGACCUGCUGACCCUCCGCUUCCAACUCCUGCUGAAGGUCCACCACGCGAUGCUGCGCCUUCAGCAGUCGCGGCGCCAACUGCUGGUGUUCGUGCAGGGCGAGAAGGAGCGCGAGGGCGAGGCGCUCCUGCAGCUGUACCGCGAGCGGGCGUCGGGGUGGGCGUCGUCGCGACGUCUGGGCGAGAUGGAGGCGCGUCUGGCGGCCCUCCAGACCACGUCCACGCACACGCACACGCACCUCACGCGCGUGCGCCUCGCCAUCGUCAACAUCUACUGCGUGGCCAGGGCGUACCAGCGCUCCCUGCCGCCCCUGGGCCCGCGCGCCUCCACCUCCACCGUGCUCAAGCGCCUCCACAACUUCCUGCUGGACGCCAUCACCGUCACCACCACGGCGCGCGGCGCCAUCGAGCCCGCGUCCCUGCGCCCCAGCGUCGGCACCCACAAGCAGAAGAAGGGCGCCGCCGCUGCCGCUCCCGCCGGCGGCAAGGACAGCGCCCGGCGGGACGGCGGCGCCAGCAGCAGGUCGCGGAGGAGCAGCGCCUCCAGCAGGUCGGGCAGGGAGAGCGCCGCCAGCAAGGCCGGCGAGGGCGCGGCGCGCGAGCAGCCGCAGAAGGGCGAGGCCGAGGAGGGCGAGAAGAAGCCGAAGCGACAGGAGCCGAAGAAGUCCCUGAAGAAGGCCGUCAACCUCAGCGAAGCGGCCUCCAAGAUGCACUUGCUCAACAAACCGCCCGAGUGAUUCCUUGGCUGUUCGUGGCAGGGAUUUCCGAAGGAGGGAUUGCUCUUUCGCGCCUUGAUGUCAGAUUGUCUCAGAGAUUGUUGUCGCCGCGCCGAAACUUGCU